UAGAACUUCAAAAUGUUCAAUGUUCAAAAUGAUGACAGGUUUCAAAGUGCACAUCAGUCUACUGAUGUACUGUGAACAAAUGCAUGCACAAAGGCAGGCUAGGAUAUCAGCAGUUAUAGCGUAAAUUAGUGAAGUUAAUAUGGCGGAAGCUGUCCAGCUAAACGACCAAGACAAAAUCCAUAGUGAUGACUCAGAGCGACCAGAGAUUCAGGAAAUGAUUUCAAAAGCUUCAAAAUAUGAUUUCAUUCGAGUGCAGGUUGCUGAUUUGGGCGGUAUAUCGCGCGGUAAGACAGUAACUUCCAAGUUUUUCACCGAAAAGGUCGCUUUCCGUGGACUUGGUAUGUUUGAGGGCUUCCAUGCCAAUUCUGCGAGUUCAGGCAUGCACCCUAUGGAAGGGUUCGGGACAUUUGCCGAUUGUGAGAUUAAAGUGAUACCGUCUACAUUUCAUCAUGUGGCAUGGGGUAGCAAGAUGUCAUGUCGUCGUGUUGCAUCCGUUCUAGGCGAGACAAAAUGGAGAACAAGGCCAGAUCAGGGAAAUCCAUUUCAAGAGGCAUGUAGUCGGUUCGCAUGUAGGAAACAGGUAGAAAAACUAGCCAACAUGGGGUAUAAAAUAAAAGCGUCGAAUGAAUUUGAAUUCAUGGUAACAGAAGACGACAAGGUCACUCUUCUAAAAGGGCAUAACCAAAAAGACGCUUAUUGCAUAACAGCACAAGCAAGGUACGAUAAAAUGCUUUUUGAUAUAUCUGAUCAACUCUCGGACACGGGGCUAGGUAUCAAUGUGGAAUCUAUCCACACCGAAUGGGGACCUAGUCAAUUUGAGAUCACCCUGGAGCCAAGGUUUGGAAUGGAAUACGCUGAUAAUGCCUUCAUAUUCAAGCAUGCUGUUAAGGAGAUUUGUCAACAUUAUGGCUUACACGCUACAUUCAUUUCCGAACCUUUCAAGGAAUUCAAAAAUUCUCCGGAUUGUCACGUAUGGAAUAGUCUUCACUUUAACCAUUCCCUUUGGACAAUCGACGAAAAAGCUGCAUUUUAUGAUCCGUCCAAAGAAGACAAGUUGUCUAAUAUUGCCAAAUGGUGGAUUGGUGGAAUUUGCAAGCAUGCGAGAGCGCUCACAGCUUUCAUGGCACCGACUGUCAACUGCUAUAGGAGAUUUGCAACAUACGCCUUCAUCGCAAAAAUGGCCUCGUGGGGAAUACGUAACAGGCUGAAAAUGCUCCGAGUAAAGGUAGAUGAAGAGUCGAGUACCUACAUGGAGAACAGAGUUUGCUCUGGAGCUUCUAAUUCAUACCUUGUGCUGGAGUGUCAUAUCGCAGCUGGGAUUGAUGGAAUACUUAACGAAAUCGAACCACCAGCUCAGGACGCUAAAGUUGGCGUUCCAUUACCGUUAAGCCUUGAUGAAUCACUCGAUGCUCUGAAGGAAGAUGUACUGAUAUGCGAUGCACUAGGACCCGAACUUGUUGAUUGGUUCGUAACAAGUAGAAAAAACCUGGAUAUUAAGGAACUCGGUAACAGCGUCCAUGCGUAUGACGAGGCUUAUGCAGCAGAUCGUCGUUUUUAUAUGGAUGUUCUAUAAAUACCAACAAUAUGUAAUAACAAUUAAAGAUAUAACAAUGAGAUAUUGUAUGUUGCUCCAAUUGGAAGAUAUCAAUAUACAGGAUAGGCCAAAAAGUCCAUAUUUUUUCUUUGGUGACAACUUUUUUAAUAAAUAUUUUUGAUGAAGAAGCUGCAAUCAGUUGUUUUGCAAUUAUUCCUAUUCCUAUUAUUCAGGGAUAUCCUAAUAAAAAGGUAAGCAGACACCAAGGAUCUGUAUUUACAUAUAAUGAUGAGUGGUCUGAGAGUAUCUUCAGUUGAUUGGUAUGUACG